AUGCAACAACUUCAAAAUCUUUUAAUUGCAUUAGAAGGGCAACGCCGCUCCACACCGCCGCGACUCCAUGAACCGAACGCUGACUGUUUGCCUGCGCUGUCGCCACCACGGCUGCGACCUGUGACCGCGACUGUAGCUGAGCAACAGAGGUCGGUGGUGGAGGGUCGAGAGUCUGCUAUGCAGUCUUCGCCAGGGCGUCCUGUGAGCGCAAUGACGGACCGCGAUGCCAGCGGAACCGAUCGUAUCAUCGAGGCGAUACGUUCAAUCAAUACGACGGUGAGAUCCAACCAAUCUUAUUACAUAUCCAAUUUCGAUCCAAGCAUCCACGAUAUAGACAUCUGGUGCGAGGAAGUUGACCGUGCUAAGAGUAAAAACUAUUGGAACGAUAACGAGUGUCUUUCUCGCAUCGGCAACUGUCUUAAAGGGGAUGCUAGGACUUGGCUCAAUGAGUGGGUCACCAAUGACCGUAGUUGGAGCAAUUUUAAGAAAGAGUUUAAACCGUUGUGUCCUAGGACACCGGAUAUUGCAAAUAUUUUAUACGAGGUCAUGAGUUCUAACUCUGAUAAAUACCCAACAUAUGCAGACUAUUCUCGUCGGUCCUUAUUAAAGUUACGCAUAGUUAGGGGGUUGAGUGACGAGCUAAUUUCGGCAAUAGUCAUACGGGGCAUCACCGAUCCGCAAAUUCGUGCUUCUGCUACCAAUGCAAAGUUAAUGCCAAAUGAGAUAGUAGAAUUCUUCUCUAUUUACGUGAAAUCUAAUACAUCAUCUUUCAAUAGGAAAUCUGGCGAUAGCAUAAGUUAUGAUCGUCUUUCUAAAUCUAAUUACGAUGCAAAAAUUCGAAAACGUAGGUUUGAGGAAGGCAUAUGUCUUUCAUGUGGCCAACGUGGUCAUACUCAGUCUCGUUGUUCAAAGAAGUCUAAAGCCAUCUCUGUUAAAAGCAACAACGAGGAAAACAAUAAGAAUUCUGCUCAGAGUUUAAAUAAAUCCGAACCUUGCGCUUUUUGCCGAAAGCCAGGGCAUAAAAUUGAAACUUGUUUUGCAAAACUUAAAUCUGAUUCUCGUAACACAAAUAACAUUAACUUUUGCCAGGAAAACUGCUAUGAUAAAAAUAAAGAUAUAGUAGUAGCAGUCAUACAGGGAAUUCCGGUUGAUAUUCUUAUAGAUAGCGGUUCAACUAUACCUUUGAUUUCUUCAUCGUUGCUAAGACAUUUCAAGUGUGCGCGUAGGCCAGCUUUUAGAGUUUUACGAGGUAUAGGCGGUAAUCAAAUUGAGUCAACUUAUUUUGUCACCUUGGCCAUAGAGUUUAAUGAGAUUACUUCAGAGGUGGACCUACAUGCCAUAUCCCCUGAACUUAUGAAUACCCCUAUUAUUGUCGGUACUGACGUAUUAAAUCGCGAAGGAGUUACUUAUGUACGUACCCGUGAACAGCAAUACCUUACUAGCAAGGCUCGUCUUACCUUUAACGUUAUGUGUACUAUGCCGACUACGCAGAUUCCGAUUAAGACGUCGUUAACUGAUCAAAACUUUAGCAAGCUGCGAGACCUAAUUAAGACAUAUUCGGACUUUUUUUAUCUCUGGGACGGCAACAUCCACAGUUAA